AUGAGGAUCAAUCAGAACAGGUCAUCAGUCAACGUGCUGCUGACAAACCUCAUCCGGGGGAAUCUGCUUCCCUCGGCUCUCGUCUGGAUAACCUCCAGACCUGCGGCGGCCAAUCAGAUCCCUCCUGCAUGUGUCGACAGGCUCACAGAAGUACAAGGCUUCACUGACGCCCAGAAGGAGGAGUACUUCAGGAGGAGAUUCAGUGAUGAAGAGCUGUGCAGCAGAAUCAUCUCACACAUCAAGACGUCCAGGAGCCUCCACAUCAUGUGUCAAAUCCCAGUCUUCUGCUGGAUCAGUGCUACAGUUCUGGAGCACAUGUUGACCACAGACCAGAGAGGAGAGCUGCCCAAGACCCUGACUGACCUGUACUCACACUUCCUGCUGGUUCAGACAAAGAGGAAGAACAACAAGUACGGUGAGGGACAUGAGACGACUCCACAGCAGCUGACGGAGGCUGACAGGGACGUUCUUCUGAAGCUGGGGAGGCUGGCGCUUAAACAUCUGGAGGAAGGAAACAUCAUGUUCUACCAAGAAGACCUGGAGCGGUGUGGUCUUAAUGUCACAGAGGCCUCAGUGUACUCAGGAGUUUGUACUGAGAUCUUCAGAAGAGAGUGUGUGAUCUUCCAGAAAUCAGUCUACUGCUUUGUUCAUCUGAGCGUUCAGGAGUUUCUGGCUGCAGUCUACAUGUUCCACUGUUACACCAAGAGGAACACAGAAGAACUCAACAACUUCUUGGGAACAUAUGGGAACAGACACAGUACCUUCUCCCUGGAUGACCUCCUGAAGAGAACCAUGGAGAAAUCCCUCACCAGUACAAAUGGUCAUCUGGACCUGUUUGUUCGCUUCCUUCACGGCCUCAGUCUGGAGUCCAACCAGAGAGUCUUAGGAGGCCUGCUCUGUCGGACAGAGAACAAUCCAGAGAUCAUCCAGAGAGUCAUCAAAAACCUGAAGGAGAUGCAGAGUGGUGACAUUUCUCCUGACAGAAGCAUCAACAUCUUCCACUGUCUGACUGAGAUGAACGACCACUCAGUUCAUAAGCAGAUGCAACAGUUCCUGAUGUCAGAGAACAAAUCAAAGGAGAAACUCUCUGAGAUCCACUGCUCAGCUCUGGCCUACAUGCUGCAGAUGUCAGAGGGGGUUCUGGAUGAGUUGGACCUGGAGAAGUUCAACACAUCAGACCAGGGUCGACUGAGACUGACCCCAGCUGUGAGGAACUGCAGGAAGGCUCUGUUGAAGAACUGCAGACUGUCAGAGAUCAGCUGUUCUUCUUUGGCUUCAGCUCUGAGGUCAAACCCCUCUCAUCUGAGAGAACUGGAUCUGACUAACAACAACCUGCAGGACUCAGGAGUGAAGGAGCUGUGUGGUUUUCUACAGAGUCCAACCUGUCGACUGGAGACUCUGAGGUUGUGGGGCUGCAGACUGUCAAAGAUCAGCUGUUCUUCUCUGGCUUCAGCUCUGAGGUCAAACCCCUCUCAUCUGAGAGAACUGGAUCUGAGCUACAACGACCUGCAGGACUCAGGAGUGAAGGCUCCCUGCACCACUUUCAACUGGUUGAUUCACUCCAGUGUGUCAGAGAUCAGCUGUUCUUCUCUGGCUUCAGCUCUGAGGUCAAACCCCUCUCAUCUGAGAGAACUGGAUCUGAGUAACAACGACCUGCAGGACUCAGCAGUGAAGGAGCUGUGUGGUUUUCUACAGAGUCCAACCUGUCAACUGGAGACUCUGAGGUUGUGGGGCUGCAGACUGUCAGAGAUCAGCUGUUCUUCUCUGGCUUCAGCUCUGAGGUCAAACCCCUCUCAUCUGAGAGAACUGGAUCUGAGUAACAACGACCUGCAGGACUCAGGAGUGAAGGAGCUGUGUGGUUUUCUACAGAGUCCAACCUGUCGACUGGAGACUCUGAGGUUGAUUCACUCCAGUGUGUCAGAGAUCAGCUGUUCUUCUCUGGCUUCAGCUCUGAGGUCAAACCCCUCUCAUCUGAGAGAACUGGAUCUGACUAACAACAAGCUGCAGGACUCAGGAGUGAAGGAGCUGUGUGGUUUUCUACAGAGUCCAACCUGUCGACUGGAGACUCUGAGGUUGAGGAGCUGCAGACUGACAGAGAUCAGCUGUUCUUCUCUGGCUUCAGCUCUGAGGUCAAACCCCUCUCAUCUGAGAGAACUGGAUCUGACUAGAAACAACCUGCAGGACUCAGGAGUGAAGGAGCUGCUUGAUCUAAAGAAGAGUUCAACCUGUCGACUGGAGACUCUG